CCGAUUUACCACUAUCUAUCUGAUCCAGGUAAACGGUAGAAACUACUGAAAUGUCCAUCCAGGCAACAUUUAAAACAUGUCCAAAAUGGGGUCCCAAAGAUCCCAAAUCACUAUCUAUAACCGUUUAACCUCUGUCUAUCAAAGGCUGAACGAACGAACGGGCCAAUUCAAUGGAUUACUGCAGAAUACAUAUCAACAUGGAAUUGCGAGAAUUACUACUCUACGUUACGUUAACCCUGAGCUUAAUGACCCAGACAAAUGGACAAAGACCGUGUGAAACUCCAAACGGAAAUAGAGGAGAAUGUAUAUCAAUCUACGACUGUCCUGUUCUUCAUGAUUUACUGGUUAAUUCAGUGCUCAUCCGAAAUACAACAACGAAUUUUCAGAGUUUCCAAUGUAGCAGUGAACCAAAUGAAGGUACCUUUGUUUGUUGCAAACUAAGUCAGGAGGAAAACGUACGUCCGAACCAAAUUAAAGCGCCAAGUUACAAUCGAGGAAACCUAAUCAACAUUUGUGGAUGUCAAGGAUAUAGACGGAGUAUAAUAGAAAGAAACGAAACGGAUUUAAAUGAAUUUCCUUGGAUGGCUCUUUUGGAUUAUGAGGAUGAGGAAAACCAUUUUAUCCCUUUUUGUGGAGGAUUUCUGAUUAAUGCUAGAUAUGUUGUUACAACAGCCUAUUGCGUAAAAGGCAACCGAAAAAACACAACAAGAAAAAUUGUGAAUAUCCGGAUAGGUGAAUAUGAUACUACAACUAAUCCGGAUUGUGUUAACGAUGGAUUUCAGGACAACUGCAACUUUCCGAUAUUGAACUACGGCAUUGAAGAAGUUAUUUCACAUGAGGAUUACUCACCGCUCAACUACCAAAACGAUAUCGCACUUAUCCGUUUGACGGGUAAUGUUGUAUAUAAUGAAUUUGCGUUCCCUAUCUGCUUGCCAGAACCUGAUUUUCCUGGAACACCAGAUGGAAAUGAGGUCACAGUAGCUGGUUGGGGUCUAACCUUAGAUCGUGAACUUAGUUCGGUUAAAUUAAAGGCUAAAACCUCUGUAGUUAGUUUUAACAGAUGUCUAGAUGAGUAUUCAACACAAACAAAUCUCUCGAAGAAAGUGCAAAUGUGCGCUGGAGGUGAAUUUUUAAUGGAUGCGUGUGUUGUUGAUUCAUCUGGACCUCUAAUGGCGCGAUAUAAUGGAUCCUGGAUUGCUGAAGGUUUGGCUUCUUUUGGACGACGUUGCGGAGUAGUAAGUCCUAUAGUCUAUACUAGAAUAUCUGCCUAUGUGCUAUGGAUUCUAGGCAAUAUGAAACCUUAAGUGUCAAAAAAUAUAUGUAAAAAUAUAUUAGAGUACUACAAAAUUUUUCUUAAAACAAUAAUGAGAAAGCGAAGUAGUCGCCGUGCUUAUUAUUCUUUUGAUUAAAAAAAAUGGUAAAUAGGGAAACACUUCAAUAAAUGUUUAACCCUCUAACGGGUAAGACCGCCUCCAGGCUUUCUUCACAAAAAUCACAUUUACAGCGACAAUAAAGGUUUUAUUUUUAUUUAUUUACAGUAGACUCUCGCAAAUUCGGCUCUUUUAAGAUCGGGCUACUUUUUAAUUCAGGCAGCGGUUACAUUUGAAAAAAGUUUGUUGUCAUUUUUCAAGUUUGAUAAUGAUUAUCAAAUGAAUCAAAUAUGCUCAAAUUUGGCAUGGUUUGUCUUAGUUUUGAUGUUAUUUUGCAUUAUUGAGGGAUUUUCGUGCAAUUUACGUUAUAUAUGAGUGUGUAAACUCAAUAUCUAUAUGCACAUAAAUAAAAAAUAGUUGCAUUUCAAAAAAAUUUGUCGCCCGAAUUUCUAUCUCAUUCGGCUGACAUUUCGGUCCCAUAUGCCCGAAUUUGAGAGAGUCUACUGUAAAAGUGUUAUAGUGUCCUCGAUAAUAGUCUUAUAAACAUCUCUUGAACGUUUGAACUCAUUUUGACUCUUCGUUUUGUUGCUAUUCCCAGUUUUGUGUGACAGGUCAGAGAAAAAGCAAUAAAAAAUAUUUAUGCAAAAAAACUCAUUUCCAAUUUCCAUAAAAAUACCAAUUUAAAGUUAUCUGACUAAAAUAAAUUUAUUUUUUUUACUGAAAGAUAGUGUCAUUCUACUUUGUAUAUUUUAUUUAAAAAAUUUGAAAAAAAUAAAAAUGUGAAUGUUAGAAGCAAAAAGAGUUUUAAAAAUUUUUUAUAGUUUUCUCACCUAGCGCCUAAACUAAACUUAAAGAGAUAAUGAGGAAUGGAUGGUUUUUUGGACUUUAUUGGAUCAUAAUUAUCCUAGAAAACAUUGUUUUAGAACUUUUUUUUUCGCAUAUUAAAGAAAACAUCGGUAGAGGGUUAAUUGAUCUGAUACUGAUAAUAGGAAAAUAAAUAAUGUUUUACAUGAAAUCAUUUUGAAUUUUUUAGAAAAAGGGAUCAAGAUCGCUUAUGUGAACUCAGUAAAAAGAUUAAAAUAUCAGAGAUUGUUGUGAGCUUGAUUUCGAAACAUUAUUCAGUUGCAGUUGCGGAAUAUUAUGCAGUUGCACAAAAACUUGGAGUUAUUAAAUUCAUAGAUUUUGUUAGUGAUUUUAUUUAGAACUUAGAAGAAAUAACUGUGUCUUGUUUUAUCCUUGUCUGAGUUAAUUUGUGAAAGCAGAGUAGUUCUCCUGGUGGCUCAAUAAAGUAUGGAAUGGA